GUGGAUUGGUUGAAUUGAAACUCUACGUCAAGGUUAAGUUGUAGUAACAAAGUUCUCUCGACGUUUCAGUCACCAACAAAUUUCAGGGCAGUGUGAUUUGUAAAAUCACGUAUCCUUCCAAUUAGAUUGUUUUACCUCUAUGCAUUAUGUAGAACAUGUCAUGCACACGUUAUUUUGUGUGCAAAAAUUCCUCAAUUUUAUGAUUGAUCAAGUCAAGGUCACUCGUACAUUCGCAUCCUUGGGACGCUAUUGUUGAACUUUGCUGUUUUUUUGCGUAUAGCAUUUGUAAAAUGAACAUAUUGGAUGUCUUGUAAAGCAUAUUGUUAUCAGAAUAUUCAGAAACACUUCAAGACGGGUUGUUGUUUUCUUAUAAACCGCAGAAAUUUACUAGAAAAGGAUUAACAUAGGCUACAAGCCUUCUAUCCUCAACCAAUAAAUCUCAAAUCUCCCGGUGACUUACGUAAACGCUUUACAUGGAUUUCUUUUAAAUUACCCAAGCUUAAAUAAUGCUGAAUUAAUGAUCGGAAAUACUGAACUGACUCUGUUUGUCUGUCUCUAAAUUCGACCAUCUAUACCCCACCUCCAUUUCUUCUGUCAACUUGGAUUCAAUGCCAUUAAAAUAUACUAAUCACUGAAUAACCAAAUUGUGUAGACACAUUCCUGCUUUUGGGAAUGAAGUUCAAAAUCUUCAAAGAAGCCAUUUGUACUAUUAUCGAUACAGAAAUAAACUGUUCAUGUGAUGAAUGCGAAAAGCGUAAAUUGUGUAGUGGGAUAACAUUCUUUAUUUUAAAACAUAAACUAUGGGUUGAAACUAUAUCCAAUACUGAAUUAUAUAAAAGGCUAAAGAUGCUUAAUCCACAAUUUGAAUUUCAAUUGGAUACACUUCGACAAACAGUUUAUGAUUGUAUUACAUUUGGAGAAGUGCUGAUUAAUGAUGUUCAACCAUCUGUUGUCACUGAUGCCGCUGCUGCUGCUUCUGGUGGUGAUGAUGAUGGUGGUGGAGAUAUGUGCAAUGUUUGCUUUCAAUAUCAUCUUGGCGAAUCUAUUCUAAAUUGGCGGAUAACUGCUGUUGUCCCUAGUUCAUCAUCUGUGUUAUAUUACCACAUUAUCUGGCCACUUUCAUUGGCAUUUGAAUUAUUGAAUAAAAAACAAGCUAAAUUAAAUAAUAAAUUGGCAAUACUUGAGCGACACACAAAUCGACUACAUGAAAAAUUAAUGCUACCAGUAUCUACUAUUGAUAAUACAGAAGAAGAAAGCACAGAUAAGGAUUUAGACAUCACGCAUAAUCUUUCCAACAGUUUGUUAUCAUCGCCAGUUACACAGAAUCUUUUCUGUGAAGCAUCCAAACAAUUGUUUACGCUGAAAAAAACUGCAGAGAAUAUUCCAACUUCUCCGACAAAAACAUCAUCGACGUGUAGUAGUAGUAGUAAGAUGAUAACAAAAGAUUCAAUGACAGCGGACGAUUCGGAAGGUGAAGAGGAGAAACGCAGAAGUAAACUUUAUAAAAAGUUAGCAAGUCAAACUAAUAAAUUUAAAAGCAAAGAAGCGCUGAAAAGACCUGGAAUACUUCGUAAAUAAAUGCAUACAAAAAAUAAACAAACUUUUAUUUUUUUUCAUUGUAAUUAAUUUCCUCUUUUGAUAUUGUUUAAAUGAAAUAUUUAUCAUCCAUUUUGGCGCGUUUUUUGAUUGUUUCUUUGUUUGUUGUUGUUGUUUGCGUUUCCAUUAAUUUUGUGUUUGAAGUUGUAAUUUAUACUCAUUAGGCAAUUCUUUAUCUGUAUACGGUCGAUCACAAAAGUAUAUUCUGCGUAGACGACAAUUUGCAUUGACUUUUACACGAUUCACUUCCAUUAAUCGUUGUUUAUAACAAUAUUCUGUUAGCCUUUGUAAAUCGAAUACAACAGUAUUCCAACCAGAAUGUAAUACUAAUGGCAUUUUAGUAGUGAAUGGUCUAAUUGUUGUUGUUCGUGUAAAAUUACUAGCACGAAAUCGUCUAUGAACACCAGUAUAAUCUUGAAUUUCUAUUUCAAAGGUAAAAUAUCUAUCCAUAUUUUUAAAUAAUAAUACAAAUAUUGGCAUACGUAUGCCUAAUGUUUCUGUUGGACAACUUGGACAUUCAAUAUAAGUAGUUGAAACAUUUGUUCCACGGAUAUCUAAUACUAAUGAGCGUAUAUCUGAAUCAGAGAUACGUCGAAUUGUCCCAGAUCUUGCACAUGUUGCCCAAUUUAAUAAGGGUUUUUGUCCAACACUAUAAAAAAUGGAUAAUAGACCAGAUUGAUAAGAUGAU